AUGACUGAUAGGACACUUUUAUACCACGAAAAGGAUGUUUUUAUGAAGUUAUUGGUUAAACGUGAAAAUGAAAAUGAAUUUAGUUUCGAUGUAAUAACGAUUAAUUGCAAAAAUCCACCAAAAGAAUUUAAAGAAAUAUCAAAAAAAUUACCGACUCUUGUACAUGGAGAUGUUAUAUUGAAUGAUGUUGAUGAAAUCGAAGAAUAUUUAGAUACAAUAUUUGAAAAUUAUAAAUUAGGUGUACAAGAUCCAGAAGCAUUUAAAGCACAAAUGAAUGUUUUUACAAAAUUUUCCUAUUUUAUCAAAGAUGUUAACAGUAAUCCUCACCAAUUAUUAAGUGAAUUAGAAAAAAUUGAUCAAUUUUUAGAAAAACGUAACACAAAAUACAUGUGUGGAAAUUAUAUAACGGGACUUGAUUGUUCACUAUUUCCCAAACUACAACAUAUUCGAGUGGCAUUAAAUUACAUACGAAACAUGUCGAUACCUGAUGAAUUUGUCUCAUUAUGGCGCUACUUAGCAUUAGCCUAUGAAAAUGAUUCAUUUGUAAAGUCUUGUCCAUCUGAUCAAGAAAUUAAUUGGCAUUGGAUGCGUGGUGGAGCAUCAGCACAACAAGUUUUACAAUUGCAAAAAGAGAAGCCGAAAUAUUCGUUUGAGGUACCAGAUUAUCCACGUUAG